AAACAAUCUCAGGUUACCUGUGAUACAUGUUCAUAAAGGAACAUCCUCUGCUCACUGUAUUAGCCUGAGGGGCAUGCAGGCAUUAUAAAAUAACUGGGAUCGACCCAUCAUCAUCAACUUCUCUCUCUGGCUGGAGAGCUGAAACAUUGCAGCCAUGCCUCCUCCAGGUGUGUGUAUGAACAUCAUCAAUGCACGUCGCAAGAAAGACGGUUAUGGGACUACUGUUAACCCUGAGAAGUUUCUCAACCAAGACUUCCAGCAGCUGAAACAGUACUGUCUCAUCCGGCGUGUAAGAUUUGUUGAUGAUAUGUUCCCACCCGAUAGAAACUCAAUUGGUGAAGGGCUACUGAGCUCUACUGACAUGGCUCGAGUAGUGUGGCUGAGACCGGGGAAACUUGUUCCAAAUCCAUCUUUUACUGUUGAUGGGGUUUCCAGGUUUGACUUUGGUCAAGGCCUAGUUGGUAACUGUUGGUUUCUUGCAUCUAUUGGAGCACUUACAUUCCAGACUCAUAUCUUUGAGCAAGUUGUUCCUCUUCAGCAAAGGUAUGAAGAGGACUACUGUGGCCUGUUCCACUUUAAGUUCUGGAGAUUUGGAAGAUGGGUGGAUGUUGUCAUUGACGACAAGCUACCAACAAUUGAUGGCAGACUAAUCUUCGUUCACUCCACGGACCCGACUGAGUUCUGGCCUGCUUUGCUGGAGAAAGCCUAUGCAAAAGUGUGUGGUUCCUACGCUGACAUGAAUGCUGGAACUCCUGCUGAGGCUAUGGUGGACUUCACUGGUGGUGUUCACGUAUGUGUCCAGCUGCAGACCCCCCCCCCCAAUCUGUGGGAGCUGAUGUGCAGAGCUGGUCAAUCUAAGUCACUGAUGGGUUGCGGUACACCCCAGGGGAAGACGUCUGAAAACACUGUGCUACCAAAUGGAUUGGUCCAAGGCCAUGCCUACACUGUCACUGGUGUGAAACAGGUGAUGAGCCAAGGGACACCAGUAAACCUGGUGCGUGUAUGGAACCCCUGGGGUCAAGGGGAGUGGAAAGGAGACUGGAGUGAUAAGUCCCCUUUCUGGCAAACCGUUAGUCCUGAAGAUCGUGAGAUGUGUCUGUCUGUGGCUGAUGACGGGGAGUUUUGGAUGACUCUGGAAGACUUCUGUAGGUUUUACUCAGAUCUUGACAUCUGCUGCCUUUGUCCUGACUUCCUUGAUGGAACCUCUUCAUGCCACUGGAAAACCUCUUUCUACGAUGGCAGAUGGGUUGCAGGAACCACUGCUGGAGGAUGCAUGAAUAACCUCGAGAGCUUCUGGACUAAUCCUCAGUAUCGGGUCACAGUUGAGAAGUUAUUCGGUGAGUGUUCUGCCAAACAAGGGGAAAACAGCAUGCUCAUGUCUCUCAUGCAAAAGCCUGACAAGAGAAAUAGACGCCUGGUCCAAAAUCUCCACAUUGGAUUCUCCAUAUUUAAGCUGACCAAAGAAGUAAGUAGCAUUUUGACACAAUCUUUAGGCACAGUAUAAGCCCAUCAAGUGUAGCUAUGGAAAC